CAGACACCCUCUGUGAUUCAAGGUGCGUCAACGUGAGCGAGGCCGAGUCGUGUGUUCUGCGGUCAGUGUCAUUCUAGCACCACUGGACCUAUUCACCCCCACCGAGGACCCGCACGCUGUGGUGAAGCCCUUUCCCGGUCCACAAGAGGGGAAACGCCGCAGCCCCGUCGCUCUCACUUCGACCUUUACCAGCGGAAACCCGUUAGCUCGGGCAGCUAACGCCAGCUAGCUCAGUUAGCAGUUACAUAGCGUCGUUUCUUACUUUCAGCUGACCUCCACCACAGCUCAGCUGAGGAUCAUUCGCUUGCUAGGUCGGGGGUCGUCACUCCCCCCCGCUGUUUUCCCACGUCCGCCCCCGUCGUCCCCUGUGUGGUGUCCCGUGGACUGUUCUCGAAUAUGAUCCACAAUGAGUCAACGAGAUACUUUAGUUCAUCUGUUUGCUGGAGGAUGUGGGGGCACGGUAGGAGCCAUAUUAACUUGUCCACUAGAAGUAGUGAAGACACGUCUGCAGUCAUCCUCCAUCACCCUCUACGUGUCUGAGGUUCAGCUCAAUACAGUCAAUGGGGCCAGUGUGGCCCGCAUGACCCCUCCAGGGCCCCUGCAUUGUCUCAAAUUGAUACUGGAAAAAGAAGGACCUCGCUCACUCUUCAGGGGCUUGGGGCCAAACUUGGUGGGUGUGGCACCUUCCAGAGCAAUCUACUUUGCGGCUUACUCUACUGUCAAAGAGAAAUUAAAUGGUGUGUUGGAACCUGACUCCACACAGGUACACAUGGUGUCGGCUGGAACGGCAGGGUUUACAGCUAUCACAGCAACCAAUCCAAUAUGGUUGAUAAAGACCCGCCUACAACUUGAUGCAAGGAAUCGGGGAGAGCGCAAGAUGAGUGCGUUUGAGUGUGUGCGGCGAGUCUAUCAGACAGACGGCCUGCGAGGCUUCUACAGGGGAAUGUCUGCAUCCUAUGCUGGCAUCUCAGAGACUGUGAUCCACUUUGUGAUUUAUGAAAACAUCAAACGUCGCCUCUUAGAGGCAAAGGCGACGCAAAACAUGGAUGAGGAGGAGGAGACAUCUAAAGAUGUUUCAGACUUUGUGGGAAUGAUGCUUGCUGCUGCCACCUCUAAGACAUGUGCCACAACUAUCGCUUAUCCUCAUGAAGUGAUCCGGACCAGGCUACGUGAGGAGGGCACCAAGUAUCGCUCUUUCUUCCAGACUCUAACGACAGUGCCCAAAGAGGAGGGCUACCGUGCCCUGUACCGCGGCCUCUUGACUCACCUGGUGCGACAGAUUCCCAACACCGCCAUCAUGAUGUGCACCUAUGAGUUUGUGGUCUACUUCCUGAAUGGUUAAACCACCCCCCCACACCUACACCUUAUCAGACAAUAUAUGUAACCCUGCCCCUGUUCAGAGAUGGAGAAAAGAAAACGAGAGAAACUGCACACCAGUUAGCACAACCACCUCACAAGACGAGGACGGGGACGGCGUCAUGACGGCCAUCGUCUCAGUGAUGCAGUGCGUUGUUCUUAAAAAUUAAGUCGGGAGCAUUGUUGUAUAACCAAAGGGUCUGGCACAAGGAGGAAGAUUGAAAAAAUACUUGCAUCAGUUUGGCAAAUAAACAAUUUCCCUAUUUUUAUUCCAUCCUUUUCCCCCUUUGCUUACAUUUAUGUUGCUUGUGCAAGCUCAGUCUCAGAGUACUGAGUACCUUGGGAAAUAGAGAAAACAAAUUCUCCAGCGGUGAUCAGAUGGUAAAAUAACCGUAUUUCCUGCAUUCCUAGAGGUCCAGAAUACAGAGAUGCCCAGACUCAGGAGUGAGUUGAAAAGGUUUCAGUAGUAAGUAAGAAAAGGAGAAAUCAGUGCUGUGGCCUGUUGAGGAAAGGAAAGGGGUAGCGGAGGGGAGGGAGGUUCAUGGGAGAUGUGCCUUGUGUGAUUACAGGACUUGGACCAUGAUGCACAGAGGCUGUAUGAGGAGGCGGAGCUCUGGUUGACCUGUUAAAGUGGAUGUAGAAAUGUAGUUGUACACUGGUAUUGUGUGAUUUCAGGUGACCUUUUACAUAUCAGGGGUUAAAACUGGUGGUGACAUCCUCAUGAUGCAGGACUUAACAUGUGUCUGCUUCUCGUUACACUACAUACAUGAUGGAUAUCUUAUUACAAGUCUGCAUAAGGACAUUGACCUAUGAACCUGUACAUGUGUGGAAGAAGAGUGACUACACUAGAAUGCACUAAGGUUUGAUAGAGGAUAGAAAAUCACCAAGCUAAACCAGAGAUUAAUCCACUGUUCUAACUACUGGAAUACAAACAAAAUACUGAUCCAUAUUGUGAAUUUAAAAAAAAUAUAAAUAACACAUUUAAACUAAUUGUAAUGUUGAUAGAUCCAAACAGAAGUGUUUGUUCUUAUUGCACUUUUCAAUGUCUCUUUUUUUGGGGGGUUUCCUAUCCAGUUUAGUUUUCCAGGCGAGGACAAAUCCAAGAGUUUGUUCUGGAAAAUGUGCAGAGUUUAAACCAGCAUGUGAAAGAGGUGGCCAGUAAUGUUCUUAUAAAUGCAAAUUAAUUAAACGCAGACCAGUAAAAAAACUAACUAAACAAACUAACUGUUUUCUUGAUUAUUUCUUGUUGUCAUGUAAGGAAACAAUCAGUGCAUUUCAACUGGUUUAGAAACACGGAAGAGCUUUUAUUUUGUUAAAUGUAUUUGUGGAUGUCCUUCUCAUGCUAUAGAAAGAUGCUUGCGCUCUGUGUUUUUCAUGUUUCAAACGUACUCAUCAGACAGAAGUAGCGAUUUGCUGUGACUUCACAGAAAUAACUUUCCUCCAGUAGUCACAUGACACGAGGGCCCAGCCUGUUGAUGACUUUGUCUAACAACUAAAAUGGGCCUGGCUUCGCCCCCGCAGUGGAUUAAUAACGUAUCCUGAUACUUUACUGCUUCCUGGGUCAGCGAGCUGGUGUGCAGCAGUAAGGGUAUAUCCAGUGUAUCCUGUAGCUCGGCUAUGCUCACUCUCUCAGUGCCGGUUGUACUUGAGAUUGCAGCCCCAGUGUGUUUCCCCAGAUGCUUUCCUCCAGUAAAAUAACUGGUGUGAUCCUCGAUGUGAACAGCUUUACUGAACAUAUGAAGGAUGCAUAAGUUUAGCCUCAUUAUACAAAUCUUAACAGAGGUGGGUUCAUGUUUGCACACAGUGCUGUCAACGCACACUAUUGUCAAAGUCAGAUGUGAGUCCAUCUUUGAUUCCUUUCCUGCUAGAAGUUACUGGACGUUUGUGUAUCACGGUGCUGGCAACACUCCUAUUGGUUUAAAACAGGACAGAUAGUGUGAGUUGAUCGUACCAAAUGUGAUGAAGGGGUCAGUUUACCCAAAUAACGACAAUAACAAAACAUUUUUCUCUCUUACGGUUGAGCCCUGCUGAUUUUAUAUUACUAUUUUACAGGUCAUUGGAUAUCUGAGAGUAAGCUUGGUGAAAGAAACAAUUUGAAAUUUGUUUGUAGUGCUCACACUGCUAAUGUUCCACUGCUGUUAGACUCAAACUGAUGCAGUUCUGUUGUGUUAAUGAAGAGGCUGAUGCAGGUUUUAAAACCUGGAGUAAAAUAAUUCCAGAGGUCCAAGGGAUAUUUUUAUUUGCUUCUAUAAAUUAUUUGUACUCCUUACUUGGGUGAACUGACACUGUAAGUGUUUAUGCAUCCCUUUCACUCGUAUCAGUGUUGGUUAUUUGUCAGCGGAUGCAUUCUUCCCUUCAUGCUAAACUUAUUCUGUUGCACCGACUCUUUUGCAUUGUCUGGUGACUGGGUUUGAGUUUGAGUGUGUGCGUUCACACUUAAGUGACAAUCGCAUGUCAUUCAGCUGUGUCCUUGUGCAAGAGACCAUAGGAGUAUGAACGCACUCAGAAGAAUAAUUGCAAACAGUGUUGUUUUUAUCUCUAUAAAUAAAUUUUUGCCUUUUGUUGCCUUUCCUUUGUUUUGUUAUUUCAUGUCUUUGAUGAGCCGAUUGUGAGUGUGGCCCAGUCUAUGCAUUCUCUCAAACCUGUUUUUGUAAAACUAAAAGUCAAUAAAAUGGAAAGAGUGCAAGUAA